AUGGCUGACGGACAAGGACUUGACGACAUCGAUGCUGCUGACAUCGAGUCCAACUACGAUGAAACCACCGACUCCUUCGAUGCUAUGAACCUUAAGACCGACCUUCUGCGUGGAAUCUACGCGUAUGGUUUCGAGCGUCUGUCUGCUUUCCAGCAGCAUGCUAUCAUGCCAGCCAUCAAGGGCAAGGACGUUGUUGCGCAGGCGCGGUCUGGUUCCGGGACGACUGCUGCCGUCUCUAUCUCCGUCCUUCAAAAGAUCGACCCCAAUGUUAAGGCAUGCCAGGUCUUAAUCCUUGCCCCAACCCGUGAGCGUGCACAUCAGAUUCAGAAGGUCAUUGCUACUAUCGGUGCCUUUACAAAUAUUGAAUGCUACGCUUGCAUUGGUGGUACUCGCAUAGGGGAUGAUACAAAGGCUCUUCGAGAUGGGCGACAGUCAGUAGUCGUUGGCACCCCUGGCCGUGUCCAUGACAUGAUUCACCGCCGUGCUCUCGGUACCGACAAGACAAAGAUGAUCGUGCUCGACGAGGCCGAUACCAUAUUAUCCCGCGGUUUUGCUGAGCAAGUACACGACAUCUUCGGGAUACUUUGUCAGAGCACGACCACUCAGGUCGUUCUCUUCUCCGCUACCAUGCCUCAGGACGUGCUAGAGGUCAUCACUGAGUUCAUGCGUAAUCCAGUCCGCAUCACAAUUGAGAAGUACGAGACUUGCCUUAAAGGUAUCAGACAGUUCUACGUUACCGUCGAAAACGAACAAGAAGACUGGAAGGUCGACAGCCUCUCCGAUCUUCACAAGACCAUCACCAACAGACAGGCGGUGAUUUUCUGCAACACUCGUGGGAAGGUCGAAUGGCUUACCGAUAAGCUUACUGCCCGCAACUUUGCUGUCUCGGCUAUACACCGUGACAUGGACGCGCCCCAGCGUGAUAACAGUAUGAGGCAAUUCUUUUCAGGCUCUCACGUCCUGGUCGCUACCAACAUGCUCGCCAAUACGAUCGACGUCCAGCAGGUCCCUCUUGUUAUCAACUAUGAUCUCCCAGCCAACCCAGAGGACUACAUUCGCCGUGUCGGACGUGGCGGUGGCGGUCGACUCGGACGUAAGGGUGUCGCCAUCAACUUCGUGGCCGCUGGAGAACUGCGCACGAUGCAUGAAAUUGAGCAGUUCUACUGCACCCAAAUAGAGAAGAUGCCGACAAACGCUGCUGACCUCUUCUAA